AUGGCAGAAAAGAUGUUACCUCAGAUUUUUAAGUUUGUUGACCAGAAUGUCAGUUCAUAUAAGAAACUUUUAAAACAAGCGGUUGCAAUUCCUUCUGUAUCGUGUGAUGUCAAAUACCGCCCUGAUUGCGUUCGUAUGGUCGAAUGGAUGCAAGAGAAGCUGAAGGAGGUUGGCGCCAGUACCCAGUUACGGGACGUCGGAUUUCAAACUAUUGACGGUAAAGAGGUGAAACUUCCUCCAGUUUUAGUGGGCGUUUUAGGAAACGACCCGAAGAAAAACACAAUCUGUAUUUAUGGUCAUUUAGAUGUCCAACCAGCCUUAAAGUCUGAUGGCUGGGAGACAGAUCCAUUUGAGUUGGUGGAGCGCAAUGAAAAGCUGUAUGGUCGUGGUUCAACUGAUGACAAGGGACCGGUACUUGGCUGGCUUCACGCUAUUAAUGCUUACAAGGGGAUAGGUGAAGAGCUGCCUGUUAAUUUGAAAUUUGUUUUUGAAUGCAUGGAAGAAUCUGGUUCAGAAGGUCUGGAUGCCUUGCUUAUAGAAAAAUUAAAACCAGAAGGAUUCUUCAAAAAUGUAGAUUAUGUGUGCAUAUCUGACAACUAUUGGUUGGGCACCACUAAACCAUGCAUUACUUAUGGCUUAAGAGGUAUCAGCUACUACUUUCUGGAAAUAGAAUGCGCAGAAAUGGAUUUGCAUAGCGGUGUUUAUGGAGGAACAGUUCAUGAAGCUAUGUCAGAUCUUAUUUAUCUGAUGGACCAGUUGGUCGACAAAGACGGCAAGAUCUUAAUAACGGACAUUUACAAAUCAGUCGCGCCAUUGACUGAUAACGAAAAGACACUUUACACUAAUAUCGACUUCGACACAGAAGCUUACAGGAAGUGCAUUGGAGCUACAAAAUUGGCUCACAAUGGUGAUAAGGAACAGAUUCUCAUGCACCGCUGGAGGUACCCGAGUCUUUCACUGCAUGGUAUCGAAGGUGCUGCAUUCCAGCCUGGCGCGAAGACUGUCAUUCCUGGAAAGGUUAUUGGGAAGUUCUCGAUAAGAAUUGUGCCAAAUCAGGAGCCUGAAGAAGUAGAGAAACUCGUCUUUGAUUAUGUCCAUAAGAAAUGGGCAGAAAGAGGAUCACCCAACAAAAUGCGCAUCACAGCGCAAAGCGGUCGCGCCUGGACCGAGAACCCGAAUCAUCCUCACUACCAGGCCGCAGCACGUGCCACUAGACUCAUCUAUCAUACGGAGCCGGACAUGUCACGUGAAGGCGGCUCUAUCCCCGUGACGAUCACUCUGCAGGAGGCGAGUGGACGCAACGUGCUGCUGCUCCCCAUGGGAGCUGGCGACGAUAUGGCUCACUCGCAGAAUGAGAAAAUCAAUGUUCGCAACUAUAUCGAAGGCAUAAAGCUAUUCGCUGCCUACAUGUACGAAGUCAGCAAACUCGCAAAGUAG